AUGGAGAGGGUUGGGGGGGAUGGUAUUAAGCAGCAGGACACCGUACCAGAAAGGUCUAUGCACGAUCCAAUCUCCCCUAAACCGAGCUUCUACCGAGAUAGGACCUGGACGGCCGCGACCAUACCAGCCAAUAAGAGGCCGGGGGUCUCGGGCUUAGUCAAGACACAGAACCCCUCGAAAGAAUCCAUAAAGCUAUACUACAACUUGCUUAAUGUCCCGAACCAAUCUCCUGAAGGCCUCAACCGUGGGAAGCCACUCGCAGUUGAUGCCGAGUGCCGUGUGCCGCGCACCGUGCACGCCGAAAUCUGGGACGGCAUUCCGACAAUCCGUAAAUCCGCCAACGCCAAAUGGGAGCAACAGUCAAGUUGGUUGCCGAGUUUCCUCCCGGUGACUAUGCCCACUUUCCCCCAGUGA